CCAUCGACCAUGAAGCACCUUGUUGUCAUCAUACUGCUGGCCAUUCUCUCUUCGGUGGAGGCCUUGAGUGAACCUACUCCUGCAAAUAACCGUAUCUGUAAGUUUUAUAGUGAUUUGGAGAAGGAAGGUUUCCAAACUUUAAGGCUAUGCGGUGCAACAGGCUGGUAACACAAGAAAAAGGUGAAGCAGGAGACACUGGGAACGUCCAGAAUCCAGCCUGGUAGAGGGCAUGACUGCUAACUUCUCCAACAGUGCCUCAUGAAUUGGAGGAUGACCUCAAGCGACCUUCAAAAAGAAUGGGAAACAUUAAGGUUCCUAGGAGUUCUCAAAGACCCGUAAAGCAAAGAAGAUGCGCUUCAUCAAUGAGAGGCAGGGAAGACCCAGGCUGGAGUUUGUAAAAAAAAUGUAUAUUUUACACUGAUGCAUUCCUAGAAACUGAAAAAUAAGUGAAACUAAAAAUGUUACUGUUGCUGUGGUCUCUUAAUUUUUUCCAGAGCUGUAUGUGCACUUUCAAGCAUUUCCGGGCGAGACCUGGUGAUAAUCUGCAUUAAUUUCUGUUUUCUGUUACUUUGCUCAUGCUAUCCUGAGCAGCACAGAACAAACUUCAGUUAAGGCAAUGCAGUGGCACGGCUGGCCUCGCUGAUGCUGAUUUCACAUUAAAUGGGAAACUCUGCACCAAUGUCUUCAUCUGCCCUUUUCAGGGCUUUCGUGGGGGUGUCCCAAAACUUGCCAAACAGCGCUUUUGAGGAGCUGGGUUCCAUGGUGGAACAGGCCACGGUCAAGGUUGCUGCAUGCUGCAACUUAGAUUAUACUGCCAAAUGCAACAAUGACGAGGCAGACAUGUUCCAGAGUGAGGUGUGUGCAUCGCACGCCCUGGUGGAGAGGAAUGGGCUAAAGCAUUGCUGUGAGAUGUCCGGGCCCAACAGAACUCGCUGCUUUGUCGAACACAAGUCCAAGAUCCCCAGUGAUCCAUUGCCGAAGAUAGAGAUGUCAGAUCAAGAUCAGUGUGAGAACUUCAAGAAGAAUGAAAGUAUCUUUAUUGGCAAAUUCAUCUUCCAUUUGGCCAAGCAAUUUGUAAUGACCCAUCCCCAGAUCAUCAUAAUGAUGGCAGAAAAAUAUCAUAAACUGAUGCAGUUUUGCUGUGGCAGAGAGUACGCCCAGAACUGCUUUGUACGCAUGAAAAAAGACCUGAGAUCGUCUGCUCAGAGACAUCUGUUUGAGAUGAGGUCCAACUGCCUUGUUCAGCAGAAGUAUGGAGAUAGUGCCAUCAAGGACAGGAAAAUGGCCCAGUACAGCCAGAAGAUUCCACAAGCCUCCUACGAGAUGAUGGAAAACAUGACUGAUAAGACUGUGGCCAUGACAGCUGUUUGCUGUGAAGGGGACAUGAUUAGCUGCUUGAGGAUGAGGAAGGAGCUUGGGGAUGACUUUUGUUCCAACCAAGAAAUAGUGUCGCAAAAUCGACCCCUGUUUGAGUGCUGCAAGCCGAGCACCAAGGACAGGGGCUGGUGCAUGGGAGAGAUGUCGGCCGGGGAGAAGCCGAAGGACCUGUCUGCGUACUACGAUGUCAAGGCUCACCUGCAGGAGACAUGCCAAAGUUUCCACAAGCAUCCUGAGAGAACCUUGAGAAAAAUUCUUUUUGAGAUCAGCAGACGUCACCAAGAGCUCUCUGUUGAGGCCAUCCAGCGGUACGUGGCAAAAAUUAAAGAGUCUUUGCUCCAGUGCUGCAACCAUGAAGACUUGGAGAACUGCUACCUUGCCAGUCCCGGUGGUCUUCAUGGCUUCAAGAAGGAGACUGAUUAUGAAUGGAGUAACUAUCAUGGAAUGUGUCACCAGCACAGAUCCAACAUCUUAGAGAAAAGCCUCCUGGUCCAGUAUACCAGAAUGUUACCUCAGGCCACAUUUCUACAGAUGGAUUCCAUAUCUGAAGUACUCCACGAUAUCAUGAAACACUGCUGUAGCAUAAACCCCGUGUUUGGCAUGCUACCAUGUGCCACACCAAAGGUGACGGCCUUCCUUGACAACAUGUGCCAAGAUACGCCCCCAGAGAACCUGAAUCCACAGGUAAUCAGGUGCUGUAAUGAGUCCCAUGGUGAACGGAGGUUCUGCAUCGGAGACCUGGAAGCUGAUGAGAAUUUCCAGCCCCCGCCAUUCACAGAGGCGAACUUUCGCUUCAAUGCUAGUGUCUGCGACAAACGUGGUGAUGAGUGGCUGCCUCCUCAGAAGAGGCUGCUAUACAACAUCGUCCGCAUCAGCAUAAAAUUGCCACCAAACCUGGUGAUGGCCAUCUUCGAAAAGUUCGACCAAAUGUUCAGUAAGUGCUGCGAGGAGGCUGACAAGGACACCUGCUUCACCACAGAGCUUGAGAGUCCUCUAUUGUUGUUCUUCUUGGUGAUGGACCUGCUCCAUGCCCUGAGGAUUCCACCAAAGGUGAGCCUGGCAGCAAAGGGCACCCAUAGCGGCACCCAGGGAGCUGGGGGGUUAAGGGUCUCGCUCAAGGACCUGCAGAUGUGCUGAGUCCCUGAUGUUCUUAAAAGUCUCUGCUAGCAAAAAAAAGGCUCAGAGGUCUUCCUGUCCUGCUCCUUCACGGUACAUCAGGACAAACACCACAUUCUGAUCUUCGUCCAUACGGAUGCAUCCAUGCAUUCGAAGAUGCUUUUCUUCCAAGGACCAGUCUGCGAUGUUUCUUGACUGCUUGUUGCUGUUGAGUGU